UCAUUUCGUGUUAAUUUAUAUAUAAAAGACGAGCAAAGGAAUUGUUACAAUUAGUAAACAAGUAACCCAAGCAAAUAUGAACACACAGUUUCUUCUAUUCGUUGUUACCGGGCUAAUUUUCGUAAGAAGUGAUGGAACUUUGAAAUCGCACCUGGUCGAUAGAAUAUUAAAAAGGAUUGGCAUUGAUGAAACACUUGAUAAAAUGAAAUCAGACAUUUUGGAAAAGAAAUUAUUGCCACAUCAUUUAGUCGAAAUUCCAACUGAACUGGGUGAAACAGCAUUGAGUAAAUUACCAGGAAAAGAAAUUGUGGAAAGAGCGAUAUUGGGCGAUGUACCCGCUGUACCAGGGAUAGGAUCCCUUAAAGAAAAGAUCAUCAAUGAAGAAAUAACAGGCAAACUUCCAUCUACAACAUUAUUAGAUGCACUUGUGGCAGGUAAAGUACCAGAAUUAAAGAGUAAAGUUAUUGAUGCAUUGUAAGUGUUACAUGAAAAUAAAGAUUAGUAUAACUUCA